AUGAUGCCUCCAUUACCAGCUCAUGUUGAACGUUUUGUUCGAACAAUAUUUGUUCAAAAUAUUCCAGCUGGUACAAAUGAAGAUAUAUUUCGUCAAAUAUUAUUAAAAUUUUCUCCAUUAUUAUCAUUUCAUAUGUUUUUUGAUCAUUCACCAUCACAAACAAAUGAUCCUAAUGAUCGUUCAACAUCACGUGGUUAUGCCUUUGCUGAAUUUUCAAGUAUAGAUGCUGCACAGGUAUCUAUUCGAAAAUUGAAUGGACUCGAUUUAGCCGGUUAUAGAUUAGUUGUUGAUUUAUUAGCGAAGCAACCCGAAGCAAUUAUUCAAUUAUUUGAAAAAUUAUGUGCUCCACCGCCAAUGACACAAAAAGCUGACCCACGAUUAGCGUCAUCCGCCGUUCCAAUCGUUUCUCUACCUCAGCCUGUUGUUGAACAAACAUCUGCAGCACCACCAUCGACAAGUACACGUCAAGAAGAACCAGAAUCAAUCAGUAACGCUGUCGCUAGUUUACCACCAGCACAAAUGUUCGAACUAAUGAAACAAAUGAAACAGUGUAUUCAAGCAAAUCUAAAUGAGGCAAAAACAUUAUUAUCAACAAAUGCUCAAUUAGCCUAUGCUCUAUUACAAGCACAAGUUGUAAUGAGAAUAGUAAAUCCUCAAGUAGCUAUGGCACUAUUGAAUCGACAAGAAAAGGAAAUACCAAAGACGGACAUUGUUGAAGAGAAGAAAUCGAUCACUCCACCACCACCACCACCACUACCGCUUCCACCACUACAGCCCAUCGUUAAUACAAACACACAACAAAUAUUACCAACAGCACCCACAUUUCCAUUUUCAUUGAAUCCAUUAAUUCCUCCAAAUAUGUUAACAAAUCUAAUGCCUUUGUCAGGUGGAUUACCUCAACAACAAGCAUUUUUACAAGCAGCAAUGAUGAAUGGCAUGUUUCCAGGAGGAUUGCUUCCUCCUCCACCUCCACCUCCUCCACUACCUAUUCAAUCACAACAUACAUUUAAUUUAAAUCAACAACAACAACAACAACAACAAUUUAAUAAUCCAUUACAGCGAAGUGGAAAUAUUGAUGAAAAUGCGGCAUUGUUAUUAUUACAGUUCGAUGAUUCUCAAUUAGCGCACUUACCACCAAUGCAACAAAUGCAAAUAAGACAAUUAAGAGAUGAAAUAGCCAAAACUGGUCUAUUACCAAAAAUGUAA